AUGUCCGGUCGCGAGGAACCGGAGGAGAAACCGAGAGUCCGGAUGUUUUCUCCCGGUUUCAGUCUGGAGAAGUCCCGGUUACACAGCUCCGGGUUCCGCUCUAAAGGCUUCGCCAUCACGGACCUGUUGGGCCUGGAGCCUCCGGUCCCGGGGCCCCCCCCCACCGAGCCCCCGGGGCCCGGGGCCGGUGGGGGGGGCGGAGGCCUGGCCGGUUUCUCCUUCCAGGGAAACUCUCUCCCGCUCGGUCUCGGCUUCCUCUGCAGCCUCGCGGCGCAGCAGCCCACCGGAGGCUCGUGCUUCUUACCGGGACACCUGCCGCUGCUGCAGGCGCGCGCGGACAGCUCUUACCUUCACAACCUGGAGACGCAGCGGGACAACUACUCAGAUGAUGAAUGUCUCUCUGACCGGAACGACUCUAAAAACUCUGCAAACUCUCAGAAGAGAAAGAAGCGAAGACACAGGACGGUGUUUACGUCACACCAGCUGGAGGAGCUGGAGAAAGCUUUCCACGAGGCGCACUAUCCGGACGUGUACGCGCGCGAGAUGCUCGCGAUGAAGACGGAGCUGCCGGAGGACCGGAUACAGGUGUGGUUCCAGAACCGCCGGGCCAAGUGGCGGAAGCGGGAGAAGUGCUGGGGCCGCAGCAGCGUGAUGGCAGAGUACGGGCUGUACGGAGCCAUGGUACGUCACUCCAUCCCGUUACCGGAAUCCAUCCUCAACUCCGCCAAGAACGGGAUGAUGGGAUCCUGCGCGCCCUGGCUGCUCGGGAUGCACAAGAAGUCUCUGGAGAUGUCUAAGAAGUGUUCCAGUCCGCCUCCGUCUGAGUCUUUCUGUGAAGCCUCUGAGCGGCGGGCCGGGGGAAAUUCAUCACUACAGCAGCUCAUAAAGAAAGUGAUAUGA